UGCCCGGCUCCGUGCCGUCAACGCUUAUCGAUCGUCCAACCUUGGUGUCUCCUCUCAUCGCAACUCCAGCCUCACCCUCAACCACGCACUCAUGUCUUCAAAAGCAUAUGUCCUCCCCGUCAACCCCGAAGCACCCACGAGCUCUGUUGCGGACGUCGAUGCGGGCAAGCUCUGGGCGCAGAUUCCGCUGAAGAAGACACCCAAGGCUGGCACGACGCAUACAUUCUACCCCCAGGCAGGCGUCACAUCCCUCGUCUCGCUAGGCGAGAAGUUUGCGAACAAGAAGGGAGACGACAAGAGGGAGGUUGUGAGACGAGCAGUCGGGGGUGGUGUGAAGGACCUCAAGAGGCUCGGGAACGCUGUGUCGGAGGUCGUCGUCGACGCUUCUGAGGACCCGCAUGCCGCCGCCGUGGCUGCGCACCUUGCGGGCUACGACUUUACCCUCAAGACCAAACCCGAAAACUCGCCCUUCGACCCUCGCGAGUACUCUGGCAGCGGUUCAGCGAAGCAGGAGGGCCUCAAGUACAAGUUCUCGCCUCUCAAAGCUGACGACCUCUGGACGCGCGGCGAGGUCUAUGCGCGUGCGCAGAACACUGCUCGGACCCUCAUGGAGAUGCCCGCAAACUUGAUGACGCCUACGAUCUUCGCCAACAGAGCGACGGACCUUCUUGAUGCCCUCCCCAACACCGAGGUCAUCGUCCGUGAUGCAGGGUGGGCGAAACGAAAGGGCAUGAACACCUUCCUUUCCGUGGCCAAGGGCACAAACGAGCCUCCCCAGCUCGUCGAGAUCCACUACCGCGGUGCGCAAGACAACAAUGCCCAGCCCAUCGCCUUCGUUGGCAAGGGCAUCACGUUUGAUUCGGGAGGAAUCAGCAUAAAGCCCGCCUCGGGCAUGAAGCUCAUGCGGGGAGACAUGGGUGGAGCCGCCUCCCUUAUUGGAACUAUGAGGGCUAUUGCUGAGCUUAAGCUCCCUGUCAACGUCGUCGCUAUCUGCAUGCUAACCGAGAACAUGCCUGGACCAUCGGCGAACAAGCCCGGCGACGUCGUAUAUGCAAUGAACGGCCAGACCGUCGAGAUUGACAACACGGACGCUGAGGGCCGUCUCGUCUUGGCUGAUGGGCUGUGGUACGCAUCGACAGAGUUCAAAGCUCACACUGUCAUCGACGUUGCUACGCUCACUGGGGCAAUGGACACCGCGCUCGGCGAGCUCUACACCGGUGUAUUCUCGACAUCAGAUGAGCUCUGGAAGCAGCUCUACGAGGCCGGCGAGACCGAGUACGACCGGUUCUGGCGCAUGCCGCUCGACGAGGAAUACGGUCCGCAGAUUCACAGCUCCAACGCGGACUUAUGCAACUACGGUGGCAAACCCGCAGGCGCAUGCACGGCCGCGCUCUUCCUCAAGAGCCACGUCAAGGGCAUCGAGGGCGACGAGCCGAGCGUGAGGUGGGCGCACAUCGACAUUGCGGGCACGAUGGAGUUCACGCGGACGCACCCGUACCAGGAGAAGGGUAUGACAGGGCGGCCGGUGCGCGCCCUUGUUGAGUGGGUGAGGAGGUUGAGUGAGGCCAAGUGAGCUACGGCAGGUCAACUAGGUUUGCGUGAUAGCGUACACCUGUGUACUGUACACUAUUGCUUGUGCCCUGCGGUAGUUACAAUGCG